AUGCACGAUGAAGAGCUUGACGAGCGGAUUUACUACGCGCUGGAAGAAUACAAGCAAUUGUUUCAAGUGUACGCACAACUCGCAUUGUUCACCCAGUUUGAAUCUGUCAAGCUAGUGAACUGGGCAAAGCCAUUUGAGGUGGCAAGUGUAAUUGUGCAAACCAGAGAAGACGUGGACCCCAAGGACAAGGGUUUCGCUUAUCUUAAAACACCAUUCCCAUAUCAGUGGACGGAAAUAGAUUUCCCAAAGGAAAUAGAUUUCCCAAAGGAAACGGAGGUCCCAAAUUUCAAGCUAGUUCACCCCGUCCGACCACUAGGUCCACUACCGGAACCAUCAUCCAAGGAGGAGAAAUCUGAAGCAUUAGUAUUGCCCUCUUUACCAUCGCCGGAACUAAAAUCUGAAGCAUUAGUAUUGCCCUCUUCACCGCUGCCCGUUUCAUUACCACCGUCGCCGCCGCCCGUUUCUUUACCACCACAGUCGCCGCCGCCCGUUUCUUUACCGCCAGAGUCGCCGCCCUAUUCACCAGAGUAUGAACCACCGGAACCGGGGGAACUGCCGGAGUUUGUUAUAUACGAAGAUAUAAUUGCUAAUCCCGAAAUUAUAGACUUGAAGACUAAUCCAGAACAGCAAUACUUUGGUCGAGCUGGACUUGAAUGCUACAAUUUCCAAAAGGGGACAAACUUGGAGUUUCAUGGUUUUUUCCAGUUAGAAGGUACCAAAACAUCAUUGGAUCUCGGAAUAUAUGCUGCAGUAGGACGCACUUCCGCUUGGGAGAUUGAAACAUGUGUUGCGUAUGAAGAUUGUUUGCGUUUGAUUAUUAUGCUCCGCUGCGGCAAAUUGGGUAACUGCGUAGGUGGCUUUGACAACCUCUCCGUGGAUGCUUCUUUCAAAGGUGAAAUGCCCUACUGUUUGCCUCAGGAAAAAUUAAGGGGCGAGGAAGAGCUUGAUGAGCGGAUUUACUACGGGCUGGAAAACUCAGAGGUGGAAGAAUACAGGCAACUGUUUCAAGUGUACGCACAACUCGCUUUGUUAACUCAUUUUGAAUCUCUCAAGCUAGUGUGCUGGGCAAUGCCACUUCACGUGGCAACUGUACUUGUGCAAACCAAAGCAGACGUGGCACCCAAGGACAAGGUCAAGGCCGAUCAUGCAAUCUUCUACAUAAGGUUUUUAACCCGUCACGGUUUUUGCUUCCAUGCUAUCAUAAGGAGAACAAGUGACGGAAAUCCACAUCACAUUUCGCUUGAAGUCAAGUGCUUGAGUUAUUGA